UCAGUCACGAGGAGGAGGAGUCACAUGAUCAGGGGCUGCUGCUCUAGGACUCAUCUGCUCAGUGUAUGCAGGACUCUGCUGUGCUGGUUGUGAUCAUGUGAUUGCUUGACUAUGCCACGUGACUGAUGACAUGACUGUGAUAUCAUGGCAGGUCCUGCAUUCGCAGAAUAAGAAUACUGGCUCCUGUACUGCUCUGCAGGUGGAGGUUCCUAUAAGGUGUCAGGACGUGGCGGUCUAUUUCUCCAUGGAGGAGUGGGAGUAUGUAGAAGGACACAAGGAUCAGUACAAGGAUCAGGUGAUGAUGGAGGAUCAGCAGCCCCUCACAUCAGCAGUCAGAUCCAGUAAGAGAACAGCAGCAGAGAGGUGUCCCCGUCCUCUUCUUCCACAGGAUCAGGAUCAGGAUGAACAUUUGAUCUAUAUUAAUACUAUAGACAUAAAGAAAGAAGAGACAGAUGUGAGCGGUGAUGAGCAGUAUAAGGAGGACUAUCCUACAGGAAUAGAUCUAAUCUAUAUUAAUGCUACAGACAUAAAGGAAGAAGAAGAGUCAAAUGUGAGCGGUGAUGAGCAGUAUAAGGAGGACAUUCCUACAGGGAUAGAUCUAAUCUAUAUUAAUACUACAGACAUAAAGGAAGAAGAAGAGACAAAUGUGAGCGGUGAUGAGCAGUAUAAGGAAGGCCUUUCUACAGAUGACUGUACCAGGAGAUCAGAGGAGAAUCUUAUAUCUUCAUAUUAUAAAGCAGAUGAUGAUAUCACACAAGAUACAUAUGAAGAACAUUCCAUUAUCCCAGAUACACCCUCAGCCCUUCACAGCCAAGAUCUCUCAUCUCAUCCCGUUAUACCCGUCCUGUCUUUUGAUUCACCGCAGACUGAAGCAAAGGGGAAGCCAUUUUCAUGUUUAGAAUGUGGAAAAGGUUUUAUGCACAAAUCAAAUCUCGUGAGACAUAAGAGAAUUCACACAGGAGAGAAGCCAUUUUCAUGUUCAGAAUGUGAAAAAUGUUUUACCGUGAAAACGUAUCUUCUUGAACAUCAAAGAACUCACACAGGGGAAAAGCCAUUUUCAUGUUCAGAAUGUGGGAAACCUUAUAGUACCAAAUCAGCUCUUUUAAAGCAUGAAAAGCAUCACACAGGGGAAAAGGCAUUUUCUUGCUCUGAAUGUGGGAAAUGUUAUACUCAGAAAUCACAACUUGUGAGACAUCAAAAAAUUCACACAGGGGAGAAACCAUUUUCAUGUCUAGAAUGUGAGAAAUGUUUUACUCUGAAAUCACAACUUAUUACCCAUCAAAAAACGCACACAGGAGAGAAGCCAUUUUCAUGUUCAGAAUGUGGAAAAUGUUUUAGUAAGAAAUCCAAUCUCGGUAAACAUCAAAUAUCUCACACAGGGGAGAAGCCAUUUUCAUGUUCAGAUUGUGGGAAAUGUUUUGCUUUGAAAUCAAUUCUUGUUGAACAUUUGAGAACGCACACAGGGGAGAGGCCAUAUUCCUGUUCAGAAUGUGGGAAAUGUUUUACAUUGAAAUCAACUCUGGUCGAGCAUGUGAGAAUUCACACAGGAGAGAAGCCAUUUUUCUGUUCAGAAUGUGGGAAAUGUUUUACUACAAAGUCAAUUCGCGAUAAACACCAACGAACUCACACGGGGGAGAAGCCAUUUUCAUGCUCAGAAUGUGGGAAAUGUUUUAGUCAGAAGUCAACUCUUAACAAACAUCAAAAACUUCACACAGGGACAAGUCAGUUUACAGGAUUAAAUGAUGAUUGGACAAUGUCGGCAAUUACAAACACGUGUCAUAUAUCAAAAAGUGUUAUAGACUCCUGACAGCGCACCCAGGUAUGAACCAUAGGGCAUAGAAUAGUUGACAUUAAUAUUUAUAAUUGUAUCUAAAAUGUUGUUAACAUUUGUUAAUAGAAGUUUACAUUUAAAGGGGUUAUCCAGGAAAAAACUUU